AUGACAGCUUCCUCCGUCGCCGUCGCGACGGGUUUUCUCCGUCUUCCGUCACUACAAAAAACUUCCAUUCUCUUUAAUCGGCAGAGAAAUCUAACCAAUAAAUCUUCUGUGAGACCCAUUUCUAUUUCCGCUUCAAGCUCGGAAUUGCCGGAAUAUGUUGGAAAAUUCUGGAAAUGGCUCGGAGACCAAGGAGUCGUCUCCGGUAAGUCUGUUGCAGAACCCGCAGUGGUACCGGAAGGUCUGGGACUUGUAGCCCGGCGCGAUAUCGGAAGAAACGAGGUCGUAUUGGAGAUUCCCAAGCGAUUGUGGAUUAACCCAGAGACUGUAAUGUCUUCCAAAAUCGGACCUUUAUGCGGCGAUUUAAAGCCGUGGGUUUCGGUUGCUCUGUUCUUAAUCAGAGAAAAGUAUGAAGAAGAUUCUUCGUGGAGAGUUUAUCUUGAUAUUCUUCCUGAAUCUACUGAUUCUACCAUCUUCUGGUCAGAAGAGGAGCUUGCUGAGCUCAAAGGGACUCAACUAUUGAGUAAUACAUUGGGUGUGAAAGAGUAUGUGGAGAACGAAUUCACGAAACUGGAAGAAGAGAUAUUACUGCCUAACAAAGGUCUAUUCUCAUCGCGGAUAACACUCGAUGACUUCAUCUGGGCAUUUGGGAUUCUCAGGUCGAGGGCUUUUUCUCGACUCCGUGGCCAAAACCUUGUCUUGAUCCCUCUUGCAGAUUUGAUAAACCAUAACCCCGCGAUAACUACAGAAGAUUAUGCAUAUGAGAUCAAAGGAGCUGGGCUUUUCUCUAGAGAUCUCUUGUUUUCCUUGAAAUCACCUGUUUAUGUUAAAGCAGGUGAUCAGGUAUACAUUCAGUAUGAUCUGAACAAAAGCAAUGCAGAACUUGCUCUGGACUAUGGUUUUGUGGAAUCAAACCCUAACCGGAACUCAUAUACUUUAACAAUAGAGAUACCAGAAUCAGACCCAUUCUUUGGGGAUAAGUUGGAUAUCGCCGAGACGAACGGUAUGAGUGAGACCGGAUACUUUGACAUAGUAGAGGGCCAGACUCUUCCCGCUGGCAUGCUUCAGUAUAUUCGGCUUGUGGCUCUUAGUGGUUCAGAUGCUUUCUUGUUAGAAUCUAUCUUCAGAAACACCAUAUGGGGCCAUCUUGAAUUGCCUGUAAGUCGUUCAAACGAGGAACUUAUAUGCCGUGUUGUCAGAGAUGCCUGCAAAUCUGCUAUGUCUGGUUUUAGUACCACCAUUGAAGAGGAUGAGAAGCUUUUGGAAGAAGGAAAGCUUGAGCCUAGGAUGGAAAUGGCUCUCAAGAUAAGGAUUGGUGAGAAGAAGGUGCUUCAGCAAAUCGACCAAAUCUUCAAGGAUAGAGAGCUUGAGCUUGAUGUGCUAGAGUAUUACCAAGAGAGACGGCUCAAAGAUCUUGGUUUGGUUGGCGAGCAAGGCGAAAUCAUCUUUUGGGAGUGA